UUUCUAAAUUCCAUCGCUUCUAAAACCCUGAAAAAACCCUUGAAUACCAAUUCUUCAUCCCCAUCAUCAUCAAUCAUUUCUGAUCUCAAAAUCAAACCCCAGAGACUUAUUUCCAAACCCCAGAAUCGAAAAAUGAGUUCUUUCAAUGGAACCAAUUCCAAUUUUGAUUCAUUACUCCUCCAAAGCCUAAUGGGAAGACUCCAACUUCGCCCACCCAACAACAACUCACCCAACUCAAAUUCAUUCUUAAAUCAAAGCUUAGAAGAUUUCUUACUCAACUCUGAAAUCGAUUCAGAUGGAGAAGAUGAUGAAUCGAAAACCCAGUUAUCAAAAGAAGAAUCGAAAUUAGAAAAAGACAUAAUUAAGGUGAUUUUGAGUGGUAAAGGUGAGACCUUGAAACCUAAUUCAGGUCAAGCUGUUACUGUUGGUGAGCAUCAUAUUUGUGUUGGGUAUCAUCAAGAGACUGGUUCUGAUUAUAGAGUUUGGGAAUGGCAUGGUCAUAUUAUGUUGUUUGAUGAAGAGAAUGGGUAUACACCUGAGUAUAUUUAUGGGAAUUACUUUGAAAGACCUAAGGUUUCGGGUUCUUCGGCGGCAGCUGAGAUUCUUAGAGGAUUGAAGAAGAAGAAAGAGGAAGAGGAGGAGGAAGAUGAGGAUGAAGAGGAGGAGGAAAAGGUGGGGAAUUUGGGGCUCAGGGAAUUGAUUGAUGGUGGAGAUUCGAGUACGGGUUGUAGGAUUCUUCAUCGGAAUGGUAUGAAUGCCGGUUCACCGAGAAAAGAACUCAGUCCUGCGGGAAUCCUGCGUCGCGCUCAGGUUCAAGGUUCUACUUUGUGAGCGGAUUUGCAAUCGGGUAGAAGAUGUGAGCAAACGUGUGGAAGAAGAAGGGAAGCAGUUCUCGUUUAUCAAUCCUACUUCUUUAAAGAUAGGGUUGAUCAACUGAGAACUUCUGCGACUUCUCUCUGGUACCAAUCACUUAUGUAAUAAUUUUCAACUUUGACUUUCGUCCAAAUGCGUUACUUACCAUGAUGUGACUGCGAAAACAUUGUCAUAAAUUAAGUUGAAACUUUUAGAUUUUGGUUGUGUUUUUGAAACACUUCAUGCACAAUUUUGCCUUUUGAUUUUGUUCUUUUGGUUCUUAGAGCUUGUUCUUUUGCUUCCAAGUGUAAUGUUUUUUUAUCUACAUUACGCGUGAGUUUCUGUGAUAAAUGUUAUUAGUAUUUGCCA